AUGGAUCAAGUCACUAUAGAAAGUCAAGGUCAUCAGCAGCCUGAAUCUGCACAUGACACUUACACCAGCACUAUCAGCCAGAGCAGUGCUUCCCUGUCUACUCCCGCUGUAAUUAACGGCAACGACGCCACUCUCGGCGCCACUACCGAGCAGAUCACCAUUAACGGCAACGAGAACAGCAACGCCAUCAGCAACACCGACGCCAACGGCACGAUGAGCGAGCAGGGCUCCCAGGUCGUCGACGGCCCGGAGGUCGACGAUGCCGCAUCUGAAGAUGUGUCACUAGCUCUGUCUGCUUCUGCUGCUCGUGCCGGUAACAAUGGCAGCCCGGCCAAGCCGACCGGCAGUAGUCGAGGAAGAGGACGUGGCCGCUGGUCCCGUCUGAACAAGAACAAGGUAUCCAAGCCAGCUCCGCCGAAAGUCCCUAGCGGUCGCGGCCGCCGUCAAAAGGUUUACGAUUCUCUCAAGGCUCAAGCUGCACACGAGCGCGCUCAAGAACUCAAGCAAGCCUAUACAACCAUCGCCAAGCAAGUAAAGCCAGCGCUCCAGGAACUCGCCGACCGCUCCAUCAACGAGCUGCUCGAAGAUCCUGCUGCCUUCGAGAAGGUCCCCGAGUAUGAGGAGACCAUGAGCUUCCUUCGCGAGCGGCAUGCUGGAGCCCUCGAAGCGUGCGAUAAGGAACGCGAGAUUGGGCUGGAAAUGAUCAGUCACGUCUACGAAGCUGAGACGCAGCUAGCGUGGCAGCGGUAUUAUGCUGGACUGGCUGAGCUGUCUGAGGAGUGGUACGGCCAUCUACUGCUGCAGUUGGAGGUACUUGAGUAUCUCCAUGACAAUAAUCUCCCAGUUGAUCUGCCUGCACUCCCCGACAACGACUACGACUACAAGCCGAUCACGCAGGAAGAUGCCGAUUGGCAAGGCGUAUUCUACCAGACGCGUGACGGCGUCGAGGUGCCCUUCUCCGGCGACCCCAUCUCGGUCUUAAUGAAGAAGCCCCAGACUCUGCCGCUGGAGGCGAUCAAGGGCAAAGCUGAGGAUCAACCAGAGGGUCAACUGGGUCCCAAGGCCGCCGCCGCCGCCGCUGCUGCUGCUGCUGCGGGCGGUGUCGAUGGCGUGGCGCUCCGCCAUUCGGCCAGCCUGCUCGGCGGCGUCGAGGCCAUCGAGGGUGACUCCACCCCGGAGACACCAUCGAACGCCCCGACCCCGGCCCCGGCGGCUGAACCUUCCGAAGAGACGACCGCAGAUCGUCCCGAGAAGCGCGCUGCGGGCAACGAAGAAAACUUGGUCGACCCGACCGACCUCCCUCUUCCCCGUGGCGCCUCAAGUCCAGACGAGUUUGGGGUUCGCCUCAUUACGAGGCGUCCAACUCGCUUGGACAUCCCAAAUAACCGAAUCAUGGUCCCGAACAUGUUUGAAUGGGAUGAACUUGACAUUGGUUUCCGGGAUUCGACCAACUGUGCCAAGAAGGGCGCCACUAAGCAACGCCGCGGUAAGUACCUGGGCAAGCCCGGGUCAAAUUACAUGUUCAUCGACCGCCGCGUCGGCAUCUGGGACUCAACCCUGGCUGCCGGUGAGUUCGAUGAGGAGUUGGUGAAGAGAUACAAGCUUCACCCAACCUUGGGCAUCUGUCUGCCAACCUCCAUUAACGAGUCUGAGCCACCCAAGCCACCUGCCGACGGAUGGAAGCCCGUUGUUUUCGUCACACCGAGCGGUGACCACAUCCACGCCUCUCGGACCAUCCGUCUCGCUCGCCUCGACAAGGCAGUGGACGAGAUCGAGAGGAAGUUGUCGCUGGGCAAACGGUUGCGCGAGUUCUGCCAGGAGAACGAGAUCCCGGAGGAGGGGAUUGCCCCCAGCGCCGCCGAGAUCGAGAACAACCGCCUGCGGGAGCUGGCCGCCCGCGGUAUUGACCCGGUCGAGCUCGCCGAACGUGAGCAGCUCCGCCAACAACUGCUGCGCGAGCCAACGUCAGCGCCCGAAGAGAAGCCGUCGUCCACGCUCCCUCCAACACCGUCGACCCCUGAGCCUGUCAAGGAGGACACCAUAGUGUUCACCAAGUUCGUUGACGAAGCUCUUGCUGAGGCUGAGGCCAUCCAGGCGAGGGAAGAGGCUUCGCGUCUGGCGCCGCCCAAGCGGUCUCAGACAUCGCGUCCAUACGACGCGAUUCGAGAUGUCUUCACUGAGAGGCCCCCCACUCGCCCUCCCUCCCCCCAGCCGGCACCAGUAGCUCCUCGUGCCCCUGCUGUGACCGAUACUUCAGCGCUCUCGUGCCUGGCUGACAUGGCCCUUUGCCCAGAGCCUGCCGUCGCCAGGCCUGCGGUGGCUGAGCCGCCCAAGCAGCUCAGCCAGCCGCCGCUGCGCAAUGGCAUACUAAUGGUCAACGAGUUUGAUCGCCAGCCGGAGUACCAACCUGCUCCUGUUCCAGCCCCUGUGCCCGCGCCGUCCCAGCCGGCUGCCCCUGCUGCCUCUGCUCCCGCGCCGCUUCCUGCGCCGACGCCACGGCUGGCCCCAGCUCACCCCCAGACUCCGGCGACUGACUUCCGGCAGCCCGAGCCUGCUAGACUCCCUCCGCAGACCGAGCCCCGACCACCUAGCGAGCCCCCAAGGGCCAAUGACUUCCUGCGGACGACCCUUAACCCGCCGCCGUCCGCUUACCCUCCUCCCCCUCCCCCUUCUCAUGUGGCGCCUGUUCGGGAGUACCAAAGCUACGCUCCCCCCGCUCCGCCCACGCCAGUGUCUCAUCCUGCCCCGGCGCCUUCACAUGUUCCUCCGGCCCACAGCCAAGCCCCCCCUCCUCCGUUGUCGGCGCGGACACCGUUCUCCAGCACCUCGACGGCCAAGGCGCUCCCUGCCCUACGGCCAGUCCGGAACAUCCUAAACGACAACCCGCCCCUCCCUGAUCCUCAGAGCGGCCUACAUCAUCAUCAUCAUCAUCAUCAUCAUCAUCACCACAGCAUGGCUGGCUCAUACUAUCCUGCUCCGCAGAGUCGCCCAUACCACAGCGCUUACUCGAUCCAGGAACCCCCCUUGCAGCCCAUGAUGCCACCGCAGCAUCACCACGGACCUCCGCCGAUGUCUGGUGUUCCUCCUUUGGCUCCGGUUCCUCCAAGGCAAAUGAGCCCAUACUCUGUCUCACCUCCACCUUAUCAUCAACCUCUCGCGCCACAGUCUCUUGGCCCAGUACCAGGACCCCCUCCCCCGGGCCCUGCUCCGAUCUACUCGCAUCCUCCCCAGCAGCAAAUGCCGCCUCCUCCGGGUUCUUCGGCUCGUCCCCUGCAAGCUAACCCACAAUCAGCGCCGCCGCCUAACCCUCCACAACCAUCUAAGUACCGCAAGCUGGAGCCGGCGCCAACUCCUCCUCAUCGCAUGCCCUUCACUACCAAUGGCCAGGAGCUCCGCACUGUUCCCUUCGAUUAUCGCGAGGCCAUCAAAGAUUACACCCCCGUCGAGGCUCCUCCCCGGCACGGUCCGACACAGAUCAGAGGAUGGACCCAUAACAACAUCCGCAAGGCGAAGCCGACAUCGACAAGCUCAAGCUCUAAGGCGGACACCAACAGGGAUGGGACCCAUGCCCACACCGCCAACCAUGAUGACCCUGCCUAG